AUGGGUCAAGGGCAAGCUGAGCAAUUUAAUAGACCACCACAGCAGCAAUGGCAACCACAAUCCUCUUUAUCUAAAAGGAUGACAAAACUAGAAGACACCCUUCAACAAUUCAUGCAAGUGUUUGUCUAUACUCAGAAGAGCACUAAAUCUGCCAUUAGAAACUUGGAGAUACAAGUUGGUCAACUGGCUAAAAAGUUGGAGGAUAUGUUUGACAGGAGUUUUGGGGCUAAUAUUGCAGUUAACCCUAAGGAGGAGUGCAAUGUCAUUAUGACUAGAAGUGGCAAGAUGUUAGAUGAGCGAAAAGUUGAGAGAAAAGAAAGGAAUGAAAAAGAGAAGCAAUAUGGGCGUUUCAUGGAGAUUUUCAAGCAAUUGGAAAUUACUAUGCCCUUGACUGAAGCAUUGCAGCAAAUCCCUGCUUAUGCGAAGCACAUGAAGCAAUUCCUCAAAGAGAAGAAAUAUAUAGAUAAGGAAAAAAUUGAAGUGCAGGGUAAUUGCAGUGCCAUAUUGCAAAAGACACUACCUCCUAAAUUCAAAGAUCCAGGGAGUUUCAUAAUCCCUUGCACCAUUGGGAAUCAUGAUAUAGGGAAGGCUCUAGUUGACUUAGGAGCUAGUAUCAAUCUAAUGUCCUUAUUUAUACUUAAGAAGAUUGGUGGUCUGGAGGUCAAACCUACAAAAGCAAUCUUGCAAAUGGUAGACAGGUCCAUUAAGCAUCCUUAUGGUGUGGUAGAAGACGUGGUGGUGAAAAUUGAUAAAGUCAAAUUUUUGGUGGACUUUGUAGUGAUGGAGAUGGAGGAGAAUGUAGAGAUACCGCUCAUCCUUGGAAGGCCAUUCAUGAAGAAAGCUAAGGUUGUAAUUCAUGUGGAUGAUGGAGUUAUAACAUUGAAAGAACAAGAUGAAGAGGUGACUUUAAAUGUCUUUGAAGCUGGGCAGCCAAUACAAGUAACAAGGACUAGUCCUAAAGCUAAAGACGAUGUUCUAUCAGUGACUAGUCUACCUGAUAAAGUUGUCAAGACGGUCAAGAGGAAUCAUAGUUGUUGCUUUCCAAGGUUGAAGGAAGAUGAUAGAGAUAAGGAAGAAAAACUCGUUCACCAUUACUCUAUGAUGGAAAAUAAUGAACUCUACCUUGGCAAACCAGUGAAAUUCAAGAACAA